UAAAGACCAGGUCGACGAUGUGAGUGAGGUCUGAAUAACCUACAAAACUUCAAACAGCCUACCACAAGAAGUGCAGUGACAGUGUGCUCACACAUUUACCUGAUGCAGAGAGCCUGCAUACAUUACAUUCAAGAAGAAGAACUUCCGAAAUGUUUUGUUAGAGACAGACAUUGAAAUGCUCCAACGACAAAUCAGAUAAACAUAUUUGACUAACCUAUAAAACAAGAGAAGAGUCUCUUCCGGUUCCAGCAGCUGUUGUAACUACGACAACCACAGACGCACACGGCUCCACUCCGUCGGAGCCGCCAGAGAGACUCUCUCUUCAGUGUUGUGGUGAAAACACGAUUUUCACUCUUCCUGACUCCUUACUCUACUCUACGCUUUCUGGCAUUUCGAAUAUAAAUGAUGAAGUUUAAGCCAAACCAGACGAGGACGUACGACGGCGAAGGGUUCAAGAGGAGAGCGGCGUGUUUGUGUUUGAAAAGCGAGAAAGAGGACGAGGUGCUGUUGGUGAGCAGCAGCCGGCAUCCAGACCACUGGAUUGUGCCAGGAGGAGGAAUGGAGCCUGAGGAGGAGCCCUGUGGGGCCGCGGUCAGGGAGACCUAUGAGGAGGCUGGUGUGAAAGGAAAGCUUGGCAGACUACUUGGGAUUUUUGAGCACAAUCAAGACAGCAAGCACAGAACGUACGUCUACACCCUCGUAGUGACGGAGACUCUGGAGGACUGGGAGGACUCUGUCAGCAUCGGUAGGAAGAGGAAGUGGUUCAAAGUGGAUGAAGCCAUCAGAGUGCUGCAGAGCCACAAGCCUGACCACGCAGAGUACAUACGCACACUCAUGAACACCUGUAAUCCCAACUGCAGUCCUGUGUACAACUCGACUAACGGUAACACCCCGAGCGCUCACGUCUCAGACAACAACACACCUCACUACGUCGUCUGCUCCAGCGGCUCAGUCAACAGAUAGGAGGACCACGACCGGCAGCGAGCAGUUCCUCUAAGAAGACGUGAAUACAGACGUUAAGAGACUAACACAGCCUCUUAAUAUGGACAGUAUGGACUUCUAUGAAAAUUAUUUGUUUCCAUUUUCAAGUGGGCUUGAAGAGUGCCAAAAUGUUUUCUGGGUAUAUUUAAGAUUUUUUUAUGUUGUUGUUUUUUUUCUCUUUCACCAAACAUCACCAGCUAACAUCAAAAAGAAGGAUUUCUUUGUGCUGCUUAUGAAACGUAAAGUUUCCUUUUACUCGAAUAACAAUGCAACAUGUUUUGUGGCAUCCUGGAUGCCAGCGGCGGCAGCAAGAGGUUUUGCUUUUAGAGGAAGUAAUUUCCCAACAGUGACUCAAUAAUGCCAAACAAGGCCCCGUCUGUGAGUCAUUUUGAAAAAGGAGUGCAACAUUUUGUGAAUUGUUUCAACUCUUUUUGGGAGUAAAACUGAUGUCGGCUCCCUGUGUUUGUCUAAAGACAGCUGAGGCCAAAGUCUUUACAUGAAACAAUCAAUACUAGACCACCUGGAAUUCAAGCCUUAAGAGUAAACAGAGUGUGAUUGCCAAUCACUGAUAAAAUGUGACAUAAGGAUUUCUCAAAUAUCUGCAAACCAGCCUCAAACAAUGAAAUGGAGAUUUACAUAGUCCUUCCUAAUUAUUUGUAAAUUUGUGUCAGUAGAACAAACAGUAAGAUCACAAACCUGGUCAAUGUGACAGAGCUGUGUCAUAUCAAGGACGUGUGAUAUCUCCUGAAAACACUGACGUAUGAAGUGCAUUUGAAAUAUUAAGACCUCUCAGUGUCUGUGAAAACAAAGACCUUGGUUUUAAGUGGAGAGAUAUGAUGUGUUGAAGAGUGUUUCUUUUUAGUGCCUUUUUAUAAACACAACAGUAGAGUACUUUAUAGACACACUGCGCCUGAUUAGAGGAAAUGUGGAAAUCUUAUCAAAACUCAAUGUACAGUAUUUAUAAUGCAUCGACUGAAUUUAGUUGUCUGGGGGGAGAAAUACCCCCUCCCAUAAUUAGCAAAAGACUAAUUCAAUCAG